CGGCCGGGCCCGCCCUGCAGAAUGAAGGCUUCCUUCGCCGCAGCGGCUCUGCUCGGCUGCGCGGCGUUCACGGCGUCGGCCGCGAAGCGGCGGCACGACGCCCUUUUGCGCCAUGGAUCGCGCCAAGAGCCGGACACGGCGUGCGGGAAGGGCUUUGACGAGCUGGUGAAGGGUUCCAAGGACUGGUUCGCGACCGCGUCGGUGGAGCUCUUCAGGCACCCAGGUCGUACAACGGACGCCGACGCUGCCGGCGCGGAAGGGAGGGGCGGCCAUCCCGCCCGACCUCGGCGUGGCGGGGCCCUGGCCCGCGUGGAAUCGGCGGCUCAAAGGUGGAGUCCUCCUCCUCCUCCUCCACUACAACGACCAGGUUCAGGAGCUCAAGGCCAUGGCAGAACAGGGAGAAGCCGUCGACUCCCAGAGCAGGGGCCCUCCCUUCGUGACCAGCUUCGUGACGACGAUGCAUUGGGCGGCCAUGCAGCACAACAAAGAAGGAGUGAAGCAAGUGCCGUGGAUGGCCCCAGCUCACGAGCUCUACAUGGCGUCGGCUGUACAAGUGGGGGAGCUGGUUCCACAUCGGAAGUGGAAGAACAAGACGGAGAGCAAGCUGAAGGGCAGGUUGAUCGUCGCUUUCGACACGCAGCACUUGAUGCAGAUUGUGACUGUCAUGCUAGAGACGGCGAAGGCGGAGAGGCGCAUCGGGCACACGCAGAGGGGCCCCUUGAAGCGGGACGCGUCGAAGCUGAUGGUGGAGUUCAAGUAGAGGGGCGCAGCGUAGGCAUAGGAAAAGGAGGUAGCAGCAGUAGCGGCAGCAGCGCCUUACCGACAAGUAGUUGGCCCGUGAAUAGGGGGCCCGUGUCGGAAUCCCGAGGUGUCAGUCACCAACAUCCGCUGCGGGCGAGCGAAAGGAUGGCUGACUUAAUUCAGGAUCGUUUGGGCACCGCGCGUGGGCCAGCGACGAUGUGGGCCAGCUGCGGGCGCGCCUCGAAACUCGGGCGCUGCCGCAACAUGAGCCG